AAUGACAAUAAUAUAACUAAUAAGAGCCAGGAAAUUGGGACAUGAAUAUAAUUAUUGUGAUAAUUCUGAUUUCGUAUUAGUUCUGAUUUAUUUUAAGAGCUUUUAGUCAAAGAAGAUAAUGACUACAUACCUGUGAAAGGAUGGGGAGCAAUUAGAUACACUAUUACAAUGAUUAAUUUAUAGCGAUAUGGAAAGUAUUUACAGUAAGAGGAAAGUCAUCAUGAGAUUAUAUCAGUUGAAAGCUUACUUGAUUUACCUAACGCCCCUUGUUUUGUCGAUGGUGUUGCUUUUCCACGUAGCUGGAAUAUUUCAGAUAAACAUGCAGCGUCAGUUCAAUCUAAAGCUUAGUGUUCCGGACUCUAUGGACCAUAAACUGAGAGCGCUAGAAGCAACGCGUAUAAGAAAGGACAUUAACAACGUCUCUAAUAAUAAUAUCACCUCUAGGGAUAUUAUCAUGUUGCAUUGGACACAAUUUCACGGAAGGCCAUAUCCGAUGAGACAUAAUGAAGAUUUACAGACUUGUUUUUACAAGAAUUGCAAAAUUGUGAGUGAUAAGAGCCUAUUCAACCAAAGUGAUGUAGUUAUAUUUCACGUCCAGGAUCUACCCGAGCUGUUAAAGCACAAGCACCCUCUACCCACAUACCAUCCCCCGCAUCAGAAGUGGCUCCUGAUGACCCAAGAACCGAAAACUCGUUCUGGGACUAGAUUACCCCUGUUUAAAUACCAUUUAGAUGGUCAAAUAAACAUAACCUCGAGUUAUAGUUAUGACGACGAUAUAACUAUUCCAUACGGUUGGACCGAACCCCUUCCCCGUCCAAACCAAACAGUCAUAACACAGAAGAUAAUGGAAACUCGGACAAUGUUAAAGCAGAAGAGGAAACUGAUGGUUCAGCUGGUGAGCCACUGCAACACGUUCAGCCAGAGAGAGGACAUGGUGAAUGAUAUGAAGAAAUACGUUAACGUGGACGUUUACGGGAAAUGUGGGAGACCUUGUCGUGAUGACGACCGUUGCUUAGAAGAUUUAGGUCGUGUUUACAAAUUCUACCUAGCGUUUGAAAAUUCCGACUGUAAAGACUACAUUACCGAGAAGGUGUGGGAGAACGCUUUCAAAAACAACAUGGUUCCAGUUAUCUUUGGCGAGAUGACAGAUUUCAAACGACUAUUACCACCAAACUCCUACAUAAAUAUUAACACGUUUAGCUCAUUCAAGGAACUCUCUGAAUAUCUUAACAUGUUGGAUCAAAACAACGACAAAUAUGAAAAAUAUUUUGAAUGGAAAUGGACAAAUAACAUUCGUUUAAGAACGAAGUCAUUAACACUAUGUAUGAUAUGUGAUUACGUCAAUCGUAACUUAGGUGUAAAUCAAAUUGCUAAUUUGGACCACUGGUUUGAUGUCUAUCAACAUUGCAAGGUAUCCGAUAUUUCUGGACACAAAAACUGGACAUUGACUUAUCUACAGAAUCACGAUCAUCCGUUUUCAUCAUGA